AUGUCGGAUGAGCACCAGAGAGCCGUCGCGGUCAAGACCGUGGCGGCCGUAUUUAUGCCCAUCGCGACCAUUGCCGUCUUGUUGCGAUGCUAUGUGCGAGGAUGGAUUGUCAAGGGCUUUGGAUGGGAUGACACUGCGAUGGUAUUUGCACUUGUGACGUAUAUCAUGUUCUGUGCGUGCAUGAUUGGAGGUACCCUCUACGGAACGGGUUACAAAUUCGAGCACCUCAAGCCCUGGGAUCGGGUGACUGCAAUGAAGUACUGGUGGCUUUGCGAAGUUGCCUAUUGCUUCGCCUCCGUCGGAUGCAAGGUUUCCGUCAGUCUCUUCUUGCUACGGAUCACUGUCAAGCGAUCCCACAUCUGGACUCUGUAUUCGGUCAUGUUCUUGACCAUCGUGGCCGGACUCAUCUUCUUCUUUCUCCUCCUUUUGCAAUGCAAACCGGUCUCUUACUUUUGGACCCGGACCGCUCAAGACCCGAGCAUCGAAGGUUCCUGCAUCGAUAUCAACAUCAUCAUCAUCAUGACCUACAUCUACAGUGGAUUCGCCGCACUGUGUGAUUUCACCGUCGGCCUUUUGCCCAUCUUCCUCGUCUCGAAACUGCACAUGAAGCGAGAGGCAAAGCUUGCCGUUAUUGGUAUUCUGAGCAUGGCUUGCAUUGCCUCUUCCGCCGUCAUCGUUCGCUUCCCCUUCGUUCAGACAUUCUCCAGCGACGAAUUCCUAUAUGCAACGUUCCAAAUCGCCGUUUGGUCCAACAUCGAAGCCGGCCUGGGUAUUACUGCGGGCAGUCUCGCCACCCUUCGUCCGCUACUCCGCAAAUGGCUUGGCUCGCGCAACGGCUCUGACUAUCCCUCGGGGUUUCCGAACUCCGGCCAUCUUGGCCGCAACAGCAAUUCGCGCGCCUUGCCACUUGGGUCCAUCGAUCGACUCGGAAACCCGAAGAACCUGAGGCCGGACAAGCUGGCCGUCAUGGUCACCAACAUUGAAAGUCAACGUGACACCGAACUGACCUGGGGAGGCUCAACUAGUCCCAGCAGCAGUGAGGAGCGACUUACGAUUGAACACCAUCCGCUUCCCGGACACGGCAAGUUGGAUAUCGGUAUCCACCGCACGAUUGAAGUCACCCAGACUACGGACGGGUAUGAUGCUGAGAGCCAGCGUCGUGUCGCUCGUGAACAUGUAUAA